GAUUUGGUUACUAUCCAUUAGUAUUCAACAACUACAACAACAACAACAACACAUAAUGGAUUAUCAUAAUCUAUCAUUAUUGUUGGUGGCUCUAUUAUCUGUGACCAUAUUCACAACAAUUCAACAAUCUGAAUCGGUUGUUAUUAAAGUGGAAAAUCUACCAGAACGUUGUGAUUAUUCACAAUGUCCAAAAUGGGAUCCUAAUGAUAUUAAUGUACAUUUGGUGGCCCAUACACAUGAUGAUGUUGGUUGGUUAAAAACGGUGGAACAAUAUUAUUAUGGCCUAAAAAAUGAUAUUCAACGUGCCGGAGUGCAAUAUAUUUUGGAUACAGUAAUUGAAGAAUUAAUACGUAAUAAACAACGACGUUUUAUUUAUGUUGAGAUUGCAUUCUUUUGGAAAUGGUGGCAAGAACAAGAUGAAGAUCAACGUAUGAUCGUACGAGAAUUAGUACGUACUGGACAAUUGGAAUUUAUUAAUGGUGGCUGGUCAAUGCCAGAUGAAGCAGCAACACAUUAUAAUUCACUUAUUGAUCAAUCUACAUGGGGUCUAAGACAAUUGAAUGAUACAUUCGGUAAAUGUGGUCAUCCAAAAGUAACAUGGCAAAUUGAUCCAUUUGGUCAUUCCCGGGAAAUGGCUAAUCUUUAUGCACAGAUGGGUUAUGAUGCAUUAUUUUUUGCACGUCAAGAUUAUCAAGAUCGUGAAAAUCGUAUGACAAAUCGUAAAUUGGAACAUGUAUGGCAAGGAUCAGAUGAUCUUGGUACUGCUGGUGAUAUAUUCACUGGUAUGAUGUUUAGUGGUUAUGGACCUAUUGAAUUCAAUUGGGAUAUAACAAAUGGCCCCGAAGAUGCUGUUGUUGACAAUCCUGAGUCAGAAGAAUAUAAUGUUCCGGAUAAAAUACGACGUUUUGUGGAAAAAGCAAAAUAUUUUGCACAGUAUUAUGCAACAAAUCAUUUUAUGUUUCCAAUGGGUACGGAUUUUCAAUAUGGUGAUGCACAUACAUGGUUUAAAAAUCUGGAUAAAUUGAUCAAAGCUGUAAAUAAUGCUGGAAAAGGUGUUCGGGCAUUCUAUUCAACACCAUCAUGCUAUGCACGUGCAUUAUAUGAAACGAAUCGUACUUGGACCACGAAAACAGAUGAUUUUUUUCCCUAUGCAUCAGAUGAACAUGCAUAUUGGACUGGAUAUUUCACCAGUAGACCGGCUUUAAAACGUAUGGAACGUAUGGGCAAUAAUCUAUUACAAGCAUGUAAACAAUUGGAUAUUUUGGCCGGAAAUGAUGGACGUUUUGAAAUGAAUAUAACAAGAUUACGUGAAGCAAUGGGUGUCAUGCAACAUCAUGAUGCUGUAACCGGAACGGAAAAACAACAUGUUGCAUUUAAUUAUGCAAAAAUGUUAGAUUCAGCAAUGCAACAAUGUCGUCAUGUAAUUAGUGAAUCAUAUCGAAAGUUAUUUCCAACACAAACAAAAGAACAGCAUGAAUUUUGUCCAUAUUUAAAUAUAAGUUCAUGUCCUUCAACAGAAAUGGGUGAAUCACGUACGAUACAUCUUUAUAAUCCACUUGGUCAUCGUUUAGUGAAUCGAACAAUACGUGUACCUGUAAAGGAUGGUUAUUAUUAUCAAGUUCGUGACCAAAAUGAUCAUUCAAUACCUGCUGUUUUGAUAUCAAUACCAGAAUUUGUUCGUAAAAUUCCUGGACGUAAAAGUGUGGCCACAAAAGAAUUAGUAUUCCGUGUACCUAUUAUUGAAUCACUUGGUAUACGUAGAUUUCAUAUGAUUGCCACUAAAGAAAAACAACAGGAUUCAGCUGUUGAAAUCCAAGGAGAAAAAUUUGUUGGUCAUAAAGGACAACGAUUUCAACUUAAAGAUGGUUUGAUUAUUGAAUUUGAUUCGAAUGGAAAAAUCGCAACAAUGAUUCGAAAUAAUCAAUCGAUAUCGAUAUCGAAUGAAUUCCGUUUGUUUCAUGGUGCUGAUAUUGGUCGUCAUUCAGGUGCCUAUAUUUUCCGUCCAAGUGAACAGAAAACUUUUCCUGUCACAGAAAAAAUGGAAGCAACAUUGUAUGUAGAUCAAAAAUUCGGUAUCGUUCAAGAAGUACAUCAACAAUUUGAUUCAUUUGUUGGUCAAAUCAUACGAUUGGAUAAACAAGGUGAUUAUGUGGAAUUUGAUUUUGUUGUUGGACCAAUUCCAGUGGAUGAUCUAAUUGGUAAAGAAAUCAUUACACGAUAUAGUACGAAUCUUGCAAAUGAUGAAACAUUCUUUACCGAUUCAAAUGGUCGACAAAUGUUACGAAGACGUUGGAAUUAUCGUCCAUCAUGGAAAUAUGAAAUCGAAGAACCAGUAUCGGGUAAUUAUUAUCCGGUUAAUUCACGUAUUGCUAUUCGUGAUGAUAGAAAAUCAUUGCAGAUGACAAUUAUGACUGAUCGAUCACAAGGUGGUUCAUUAUCACCUGAACAAAUUAAUGGCAGCGUUGAUCUAAUGGUACAUCGUCGUUUAUUACAUGAUGAUUAUUUUGGUGUCGAUGAACCAUUAAAUGAACCAGGUGUUGAUGGUCAUGGCUUAGUUAUACGUGGCAGACAUUUAUUACUAUUAGAUACAUUGGAAAAAGCUGCCGAAAAACAUCGUCCACUUGCACAGGAAAUGUUUAUGGAGCCAAUUAUUAGUUUUACAUCAUCGAUGGAGAAAAAUCAGCCAAUAUAUAAGGGAUUAACGAAAGAUCUGCCUGGAAAUGUUCAUCUUCUUACCCUGGAACAAUGGCAUUCAAAACGUUAUCUAUUACGUCUUGAACAUUUUUAUCAACGUUUUGAAGAUCCAUCAUUGAGUAAACCAGCCACUGUAUCGUUACGCCAUUUAUUUCAAUCAUUUGAAAUAACUGCCGUUGAAGAAUUAACGCUUGGUGCAAAUCAACCGAUAUCAGCGUUGAAAAAUCGUUUACAAUAUCGUUAUAUUAGACCAUUAAAUGAGCAACAAUCAUCGAUCAUAACGGAUCCAAUAAUUGAAGGUGAAAAUUUCGAUAUUCAUCUUGAACCGAUGCAGAUACGUACAUUUUUAAUCGAUAUUAAACGAAAUUAAAUUUCAUAAAUAUUUAAUAUCAAAUCAAAUAAUAAAAUGAAUCAAAAAAUA